AGGGAGGGGGAGGGAGUAUUCGUCCGCCGAGAGUAGCCAGCAUCCAGCUUAUCGUCAGAGAGCGAAGCUCAACGUUCCGUGGCCUAACACGGACUGAACAAAGGGAGUCUCGCAAGUCGCAGGCCGAGUCUAACCCAAUCCCGGGAAUGGCGCAGGUUCCCGAACGCAGCGGGCCGCCGCCUGGACGGGGGGGCGACGAUGGAAGAGAAAUAAUAGCCCCAGCGCAGACGCAGCACGAGAACACGAGGGAGAGCGAGGGACACAACGCCGAGAAAUGGCCGGGCGGGAGCGACGCUGAGGGCGGUGGACAGUACGCGCAGGUGGACCCGGCUAUCGCCAGCCGCAUCGCGGCGAACGUGGACGACUUUAUGACGCUCGUCAACGAGGCCAACGAGGCCAACGAUAGGGAGCGCGGCAUGGCGCUGUCCCACGCCUUCAAGGUGUAUCCCAAGGCCAUCGCCUGGUCCAUGAUCCUGUCCUCCUGCCUCAUCAUGGAGGGAUUCGGGACGUCGAUCGUCGGCUCCUACGUGUCUUAUCCCCCUUUCCGCGACCGGUUCGGCACCCUAGCCCCCAACGGCGAAUACCAGAUCCCCGCGGACUGGCAGAACGGCAUCGCCGGCGCGACGAACGUCGGUGAAAUCAUCGGUCUGCAGAUCGCCGGCGUCAUGUCCGAACGCUGGGGGUAUCGGUGGACCCUCCUGGCCGCGCUGGUGGGCGUGUCCGGCUUCGUCUUCUUCCCCUUCUUCGCGGAGAGCCUCACCGUGUUCCUCGUCGGCGAGCUGUUCCAGGGCAUGGCCUGGGGCAUUUUCCAGACCAUGACCGUGGCCUACGCCGCCGAGGUCUGCCCCGUGCCCCUGCGCCACUACCUCACCAGCUACGUGAACCUCUGCUGGAUCAUCGGGCAGUUCAUUUCCGCCGGCGUGCUCGCCGGUCUGAACACGCGAAUGGACGAGUGGGGAUACAAGAUCCCGUUCGCCCUGCAAUGGAUCUGGCCGAUCCCUAUCGCCAUCGGCACGUAUCUCGCGCCAGAGUCUCCUUGGUGGUGCGUCCGGCACGACAAGAAAGAGGAGGCCCAAACUUCCUUGAAGCGACUGGCUAGAAGCUCGGGGUUCUCGCAGCGGGAAGCAGACGCCGCCAUGGCAUUGAUGGUGUACACGGACGAAAUGGAGAAGCAGGUCUCCGAGGGGACGAAGUACUGGGAUUGCUUGCGCGGUAUCGACCUCCGGCGCACCGAGAUCGUCUGCUGCACCUGGCUCGCGCAGGCCAUGUCCGGUACGGCGAUCGGCGGCCUCUCGGCCUACUUCUACCAGCAGGCGGGCAUUUCGGACUCGAACUCGUUCAAGCUCGGGUGGGGCCAGAGCGGGCUCAACGCCGUCGGGACCAUCGCCAGCUGGUUCAUCCUCAACUUGGUCGGGCGGAAGACGCUGAUGCUGGGCGGCAUGAUGGUCAUGUUCGUCCUUCUCAUCAUCACGGGCUUCAUGGGGAUCCGCGAGACGCCGAGCACAGCGGAAGCGUGGACGGCGGGCACGAUGGUGCUGCUGCUGAGCGCGACGGCCAACUUCUCGGUCGCCCCCGUCGUCUACACCAUCGUCUCCGAGGUCCCGUCGACCCGCCUCCGCUCCAAGUCCAUCAUCCUCGCCCGCAACGCCUACAACGCCAUCAACAUCGCCUUCGUCAACGUCGUCUCCUACCGCCAGCUCAACCCUGCCGAGUGGAACUGGGGCGCCAAGGCCGCCUUCUUCUGGGCCGGCACCAACGCCAUCUUCACCGCCUGGGUCUACUUCCGGAUGCGUGCGUAACCCUUAUCCCC